AUGGGGUACGGCAGCUUAACAUUGAUUCUUGUGGCAUUCCUGGCCACAUCCUUGGUUCACAGUUUACCUCUUCAGGAUUCAGCAGCUGCGGAUAAUUCCCGCAUUGUUGGUGGCUAUACCACCGACAUUGGAGCCCAUGGCUAUCAGAUCAGUUUACGCAAGAAGAGCCUCUUCUCUCCUCAGGACAGCUAUCGUCAUGUUUGCGGUGGCACCAUUUAUUCGGAAAAUGUUGUUAUAACUGCAGCCCAUUGUAUCAUUGCCUCAGUGCCAAGUCAAUUUAAGGUUGUUGCUGGUACAAAUUUCCAGGUGGGUAACAAUGGUGUUAUGGUGCCUGUAAAGGAGAUCAUUAUGCAUGAGAACUAUGAUCCGGAGCGUUAUGACAAUGAUAUUGCCAUUUUGGUAUUGGCCUCACCUCUGCCGCUAAACGGUUUUACCAUACGCUCCAUUGAAUUGAUUGACGACGCCCCAGCUCCUGGUUCAGAAACUACAAUUACUGGAUGGGGUGCCGUUUGGGAGGGUGGUCCUACACAUCAUUACCUGCAAGAAGUAAAGAUACCGGUGGUCAGUCAUGAGGAUUGUAAUUAUGAUUAUGGUGGCCUCAUCACAGAGAAAAUGUUUUGUGCUGGCCUCCGGGGUGUUGGUGGUAAAGAUGCCUGCCAAGGUGAUUCCGGUGGCCCGUUGACAAUUCGCAAUAAAUUAGCUGGUGUGGUGUCAUGGGGUGCUGGUUGUGCCCGACCAGAAUAUCCUGGUGUUUAUGCAAAUGUUUGGACUUUGAAAUCGUGGAUUUUGGAAAAGGUGGCUGCCAAUGCUUAA